AUGUCUCUCAACCUAGGUGCAACGAGAGCGUCCAAGCUGGCAACUGCUGCCAGAACGGGCAAGUACGCGCCCCCGGCGGAUCUCCGGUUUCUGAAAAAACCCUUCGCUGGAAAUACUGCUGAGAAGAUGGCUGUCAGAUCUGACAUUCUUUCAUUCUUGCAAGGUUUGUAUGACUCAGUAGCCGAGACGCUGCCAGAUAUCAGGGAUGACACAGAACCGGACGAUGGCAGUGUGCAGGACGAGUAUGCGUCAGCGCUGAAUGCAGCACAGCCGAAUCAUGAGCUAGAAUCCGAAGUGAAGCCCAUGACCAAGCAGAGCAAGCCUAGAAAGAAGAAGAAAUCAGUGGUCAUUCAACGCACACAUCAGGAGGUCAGGUACCUUCCCCCAGGCACGCUCAAGGAAUAUUGGCAUCAGAUGAAUAUGAUGCGGGAGCCGCCCCUGAAGAAGAUUGCGUUCAGCUAUUUUUGGAGAGUUUGGUAUGAGGAGUUCUGCCACAUGAAGUUCCGCCGCCAAUCGAAUCACUCCGUCUGCAAUGUGUGCCUGAGACACAAAAUGCUGCUGCAGGAGUUAUCUGGUCAUCUCAAUGCGAGAAAGGGCCAAUUGGAGAAGUACACAGAGCACCUCCGUGCUCAGUACGAAGAUCGCUUGGCGUAUUGGUCGCUGCGUGGAGAGAGCCGUCUCCGCGGCAAGCAGCAAAUAAGCUUGAUAAUCGAUAGCAUGGACCAGGCUAAAUUCUGCCUGCCCCGCGGCAGAGUCAUGAAGAGUAAAGACCUGUCAACAAUGAAUCGACCACGGUGCCACUUGACGGCCAUAAUCAUUCAUGGCUAUGCGACUCUUGUGUAUCUCAGUGACCACGACCAGCCGAAGAACUCCUCGACGAUGAUAGAGCUCACGUCCCACGCCUUGACCGUUCUGGAGAAGGAAUGCAAAGUGGAGUUGGCGCAGGUCCGCCUGAAUAUUCAGGCGGACAACACAGUGAGGGAGAUGAAAAACAACCCCUACCUGAAAUGGAUGUCCAGUUUGGUUUCCUCAGGAAGAUUGAUGGAAUGCUCGCUCCAUAACCUACGGAGCGGGCAUAGCCACGAGGACGUGGACCAGUUCUUCGGGAGCCUCGCGUUGUACAUGGUGAAGCAUGGGCGCAAUUGUGAGACCUCCGACGACUUGCUGCAGGUAGUCCAGGCGUUUUUGGAUCAGGUACCGCGACCAUAUGAGAAAUUCAGGCGAGCCUCCAAGGUCGAUGCUGUUCGGGAUUGGUGUCUCGGCCAAUAA